AUGGACGAAUACUUAGAACUAGGUCACAUGGAGAGCGUUCGUGGUCCCCAACAUCAUCGGUAUCCCCAUUACCAUCUUCCCCAUCACGCCGUCCUGAAGGAAGACAGCACGACAACCAAAGUACGCGUAGUUUUCGACGCAUCCUGCCGCACAGCCACUCGACCUUCACUCAAUGAUGCGUUGAUGGUAGGUCCAAUAGUACAGGAUGAUCUCCGGUCAAUUAUGAUGCGGUCACGAAUGCACCCUGUUCUACUCAAUGCUGAUAUAAAGCAGAUGUAUCGGCAAAUUUUGACUGACGAAAGGAGUAGCAGUUUGCAACACAUUGUCUGGAGAUCAUCUCCAGAAGAACCACUACAAACCUAUGAAUUAAAAACUGUUACUUACGGUACUGCUAGUGCGCCUUUCCUUGCUACUCGCGUACUGCAGCAGUUAGCUGAGGACGGACAAAUCAAUUUUCCACGGGCAGCGCACGUACUCCGUAAGGAUUUUUACGUUGACGAUUUGUUUUCUGGAGCAAAUACUAUCGAGGAAGCUAUCGAAGGCAGCUAG